UAUCAUUCUUCAAAGCAUCAAAAACACAAACUCUACACACAAAAAAAUAAAAUAAAAAUGACAACAAUGUUAAAUAACAAUAUUAGCAUAUGGUUUUCAUUUGUUGUGUUACUGAUUAUAUAUAGUGUACAAGUUGAAGGUCAAAACUGCCGAACAACGGGCUAUUUUAGAGCCACAAGCCCUCCACCAGGAAAAUGCAGCACCAACUGUUGUAUCCAAAACACAGUUUACUUCACCUUUCAAUGCUCCCCUUCAGUAACCUCCCAAACACCGGGAAUGCUCACACUUAGAGCCUUUCAGAACAGCCAGUCCAAGUGUGACAACGCCUACCAUACCGACAACUCACUGGUGGUUGCACUCUCGACAGGGUGGUAUAAUAGUGGGGCACGGUGUGGGAAGAUGAUCGCAAUAAGUGGGAAUGGGAAGACUGUGAAGGCUAAGGUGGUUGAUGAGUGUGAUUCUACAAAGGGGUGUGAUGCAGGGGAGGGUUAUCACCCACCUUGUGGGUAUAACAUUGUUGCUGCUUCUAAGGCUGUUUGGAAGGCUCUGGGGGUCCCACAGAGUCAGUGGGGCCAACUCAAUAUUACUUGGGCUGAUGCUUAAGAUGAAGAAUAUGUUAUAAGAUCUUUUAUAAUAGCAAGUAUUAUGAGCUAAUGUAGUAAAAUCUUGGUAAAAUAAAGCUCAAUUUCAUCACAGCAAACAAAUUAUCAUGUACUCAGUUCCACAAGAAUAAAAUCUCCCUGAAGAUGCAAAUGA